AUGAGCAGCUCCAAAUUCGGUAUUGUCUUGGAGAAACUUUCGAUGCUACUUAUAUUUGAUAUUAGAGAAUAUUCAGACCCGAUUGUGAUACAUCAAACAAACAACGAAGGAAUUGAAGAUUUCCAAUGGAUCCCGCCAACGGAGAAGGAUACAGAGGAUAAAGAUGAUGAACCCGGUGCAUAUACGAACUGUAAGCAGUUGUUGAUUUUUACCAAGCAUAAUCUCCAAGUAAAGCUAUUUUCGCUUGAUUGCACGCAAAUGUUGUGGAAAAUAGAUAAGCCUAUAUCAAAUGAGAUUCUAAUUAGGCCGGGUCUGAAAAAUACAAUAUGGUCAUUGGUGGUGAACUCGGAGCUUCCAAUAACAUCAGAUGCUGCUCCAGUAAUUUGCCAUUUCUAUAACGAGGGAUCCAUAAGCAAUUUGUUGUACAAGUUCAAGUUUUCUACUAAUACUUCGCAUACUAUGGUUAACUGGUCGGAUUCUGGGAAAUGGCUUUGUAAUUUGAAUUCCGUUGAUUCUCUUUUCGGUUUCGAUUUGCAAAUUUAUAAUUCUCUCGGUGUUUACAGAAAACCAUUCAAUCAAGUCUCAGACUUUCCUAUUGGUGAUCCCAUUAUAAAUUUGAAUAAUUUAAAUAAGGGUAUCGUCGACCAUCCACAAGACAAUUCAUUAAUAUCAUACGGUUCACUGGAAUAUCUUUCGCAAUGGAUACAAAUUGCACCCAACAAUGCUGAAUACCUAUUAAUUGCAAGCACCAAACACACUGACGACUCAUGUAAGGUGGAGCUAAUUCUUGUCUCUAUCAAAUCAUUCGGAAUUAUAAACAGGUCACUAAUUCCUGAUGCUCCUGUUUACAAUGUCUGGAAGCAGUUUCGUGAUCCUUCUACUCGUACCAUACGGUACCGAAAAACAUUGAACACGGCAUUGAUAUUAAAGAGCAGCUGUAGACUCAAAACUUUUCUAGUCGAAAAUACUAAAAUUGCUAACUGGGCAUGUUUACAAGUCGAAGGUAUAAUUCUUUUGUACAAAAUAUUCGUCGAAGAUGGGUCGUCGGUUGAUAGAAACGCUACGUACAAUUUGGAAGCAGCUGUUCAUGUCACAUCAAAGAUCUUAUCAUUAAGGCUAUUUAAGACUGAGAACGAAGACGUCAAAUUCCUAAUCACGACAGAGGAUCAUAUAGCUACGUACGAUUUUUCAAAACAAUCGCUCGAAGUUUUAUAUACUAGUUCGACACCCACAAGAAUCAGAGAAGUCUUCGUGUUUCAGAAAAAUAAAGCAACAGAAUUAAUGGUCAUCAAUGACAGUAUCGAGCACAUCAACUGGCAAAUAAUUCUGUAUGCUAAUAAAACCGAAGACGUAGCACAGACAAACGACGACGACUCCAAUUUCUCCCUUAUGAAGAAAUUCCAAUACCACGAGGACAACUCCAAAGUGGUAGGGCUUAUGAAAGAUGUCCAACACUCGGAAUGGGGCCAAGGUCUGAGGAUAAAGCGCAAUCGUUUCAACUACAAUCGACCAAGUCUCACGGAAAACACCGACGAUGUAACCGACACUUUCAAUCUACAAAAAAGGCCAAAGCGUUAA